AUGCCACGAGAGCUACCCAAGUUCGGAGGGGAUCCGGAGGAGUGGCCUAUCUUCUAUAGUUCGUUCAAGAACACGACGGAGGUCUGCGGAUACACGGACGCCGAGAAUCUAGCCAGACUGCAGCGCAGUUUGGGAAGUUCAGCAUUGGAGGCAGUUAGAAGUCGUCUGCUCCUACCCGCAUCUGUUCCGUACGUGAUGGAAACGUUGCAUAAGCUCUACGGAAGGCCAGAGAUACUGAUAAGUUCUCUUCUGAAGAAGGUGAGGAACGCUCCGCCACCGAAGUCGGAUAACUUGAGCACCAUUGUCACUUACGGCUUUGUUAUUCAGAAUCUCGUCGAUCACAUUAUUCUGACAGAUCAGCAAGCGCAUUUAUCGAAUCCGAUGCUGCUACAGGAGUUGAUCGAUAAAUUACCCACCUCGCUGAAGAUGCAGUGGGGAUCCUUCAAGCAGGCGUUCGUUCACGUCAACCUGGCGACGUUUAACAACUUCAUGUCGGGACUGGUGAAUCUAGCUUCCGAACUGAGCAUUGGAGUGGACUCUGCCCAAAACUACCAAAAACAGCCUAGGGUGGAAAAGACGAAGCAAAAGGAGAAGCUGUUCACCCACGCGAAUGAGCCGCCAAGUGUAUUGAAGAAGGAGAGUCCAGAAGGAGAACGUACGUCAAAAGCGUGUUCCUACUGCGAGAAAGACGGCCAUCAGAUCCUGAACUGUUUCAGUUUCAAGUCGUUGGACAUCGGAGGCCGGUGGAAGGCAAUGCGGCAGAAGAACUUGUGCCGAUUGUGCUUGAUACCGCAUCGUAAGUGGCCGUGUCGCUCAAAAAAGGAAUGUGGGGUGGAUGCAUGCCGUUUUCGACACCAUAUGCUGCUGCACAGUAGUCGCAACGAUGCUGCCGACGGCGCAAAGUCAGGCGAGACUGUUCACCAUAAUCAUCACCACACGAAAUCGUUCUCUCUGUUCCGUUAUCUGCCAGUUACGCUAUACGGGGAUGGGAAGCAAGUCGAAACUUUCGUGUUCCUGGAUGAUGGAUCGUCAUCGACGUUGCUAGAAGAAGGAAUCGCAGCACAGUUAGGUAUCGAAGGUGAACCAGACAACCUGUGGCUGAGUUGGACCGGAAAGAUCAGUAGACACGAAAAGACAUCGAAGAGGUUGAGCGUGAAGAUAUCCGGUGCUGGGAAGAAGGAAACUUUUCAACUGAGCAACGUACGAACAGUACACGAGCUAGGACUUCCAAGUCAAACGUUGCACUACACAGAGCUGUCAAAUACAUUCCCGCAUUUGCAGGGGCUUCCCGUGGCCAGCUAUGUCAACGCCAAACCGGGCAUGAUCAUCGGUCUUGAGCACGUACGGUUGCUGACUAGUCUGAAGAAUCGUGAAGGCAAUAGCAGCGAACCAGUAGCAACCAAAACACGAUUGGGAUGGUGCGUGUAUGGGAGAAACAACGGAAGCGAAGGUUCAAUUGAACAGCUGAACGUCCAUGCCUGCGAGGAGAUGAGUAACAGCAAUCUACACGAUUCAAUGCGAAAGUUCUUCGCCGUUGAGGACGCCGUUGUGACGAAGCAGCUUGAAUCCGAGGAGGACAAACGAGCACGCAGCAUCCUAGAAGCAACAACGGUACGGAGAGGAACUCGUAUGGAGGCGGGUUUGCUCUGGCGUAAAAACAACGUAAACUUCCCGGAUAGCUUUCAAAUGGCGGUAAGCAGGUUGAGAGGUUUGGAGAAACGGUUGGCAAAAGAUCCAGAGCUGCGCAGAAGAGUGAACGAGCAAAUCGAGAGCUACGAACAGAAGCAGUACGUCUGUAAGGUGUCGUCCGAAGAGCUGGAGAAAACGAACCCUGAGCGAGUCUGGUUCCUUCCGUUAGGGGUGGUAACGAACCCCAAGAAACCGAACAAAAUCAGAAUGGUGUGGGAUGCUGCUGCAAAGGUCGGUGGUGUUUCAUUCAACGACAUGCUGCUAAAGGGUCCGGAUCUUCUCGUAUCACUCGUGGAAGUUUUGCUACGAUUCAGGGAAGGCAAGAUUGCGGUGUGCUCCGAUAUCCGCGAAAUGUUCCUGAGAAUCCUGAUUAGGGAGGCAGACAAGUGGUCGCAGUGCUUCUUAUGGCGUAGCAGUCCAGAGGAUGAAGUGCAGGUCUACGUAAUCAAUGUAGCGAUGUUUGGGGCAACCAGCUCUCCGUGCACGGCGCAGUUCGUUAAGAACAAAAACGCUCUCGACUACGCGGAACUAUAUCCCAGAGCAGUAGACGCGAUCAUCAAGAACCACUACGUGGAUGACUUCCUCGACAGUGUCAACUCGGUGGAGGAAGCAGUACAGCUUGUCAAACAAGUGCAAUUCAUCCACGCAGCAGCAGGCUUUGAAUUCGGCAAAAUCCUGUCUAACUCGCAGGAUGUGCUCGAUCGUCUAGGGGAGACUGAAUCGUCAGCCUGCAAGUCGCUGAACCUAGAUAAGGAUGAAGUCUACGAACGCGUCUUAGGAGUGGUGUGGGUCCCUUCGGCGGAUCAUUUCACCUUCGAUCAGACAGGGCUCAAGGAAGUUUUGGGCAGCAACGGGGUGGUUCCAACGAAAAGGCAAGUUCUACGGACCGUGAUGAAGCUGUACGAUCCGUUGGGAUUCGUUGCGCACUUCGUCGUACAAAGCAAAAUCCUAAUGCAAGAGAUCUGGCGAACGGGUACCAACUGGGACGAGCCCAUAGAAGAGCAGCUACACGAUCUAUGGAAUAGAUGGAUCGAACUAUACGAGACAAUCAAUGAAGUGGAAGUUCCUCGUUGCUUUUUCGGGAAUCUUCUGCCGAAGGAAGUUGACGAAAUAGAAAUCCACGUGUUCACGGAUGCUAGUGUCACAGCAUGUGCAUGCGUAGUAUACUUGCGAUUGUCGGUCAACGGAGGUAGCUGGUGUUCGUUGGUAGCAGCAAAGACUAAAGUCGCACCACUUCGAGCGCUCUCAAUUCCUCGCCUGGAACUUCAGGCUGCCAUGAUGGGAUCACGUUUGCUGCAAAACCUACUGUUCUGGCGUGGCUUCGAUCGGACAGCCGCCGAUACCAUCAGUUCGUAUCUUUUCGGGUUGGUGAAAUUCUUUCGCUCACGAAUGUGGAUGAAUGGCAUUACGUACCCUCAAAGCUCAACGUGGCUGACGAUGCCACCAAGUGGAAUUCGGGGCCAUCGUUCGAUCCAGAUAACCGUUGGUUUCAAGGCCCACCAUUCCUACGAGAUACAAAAGAGCAGUGGCCAAGAGAAUCAGCAGUAUUAG